AUGGCUUCUCUACACGGAUUUAUGGCUAGUGGCUCUUUUCCGAGCUUGAUCUGUGGAUUCUCACUCACGAUACUCGUCUACUUUACCUACCAUGCCAUCUACACAGUCUUUUUCCACCCACUGAGUCGAUAUCCCGGACCAAAGCUCGCUGCCAUAUCCCCAAUCCCUCUCCUAUUCUGGGAAAUUCGAGGCAAAUCACACACCAAGAUCAAAAGCCUUCACGACAAGUACGGGGAUGUAGUCCGAAUUGGCCCGAAUGCCCUCGUGUACAGAUCCCCAACUGCAUGGAAGGAUAUUUACGGUCAUAGAAAACAGGGACAGAAGGUUUUUCUCAAGGAUCCGUCGGUUUAUACACCCCUCCCUAAUGGUGCUCAAGCUAUCAUAACAGCCAACGAGGCAGAUCAUACACGCAUGCGUCGUUUACUCUCCCACGCAUUCUCAGAUAGAGCGCUACGGAAGCAAGAGCGUCUUCUACACAUGUACGCUGAUCUACUGGUGCAGAAAAUUCACAGGCUUGUUGAGUCUUCCCCGGAUGCUGUCGACAUGACGAGAUGGUACAACUACACCACCUUCGAUCUUACGGGCGAUAUGGCAUUCGGCGAGCCUUUCCACUGUCUUCGUGAUAGCCACUAUCAUUGGUGGGUAUCAAUCAUGAUCGACGCAGUCAAGGCCAGUUCAUACUUGAGGAUGUUUUGGUUUUUCCCCUUCCUAGUCCCACUGGCGAAAGUUCUAGUCCCGGGACAUCUUGUCGAGAAACAGGCGGCGAGUUUCCAGUUGAGCAUUGACAGGGUUGAUAGACGUUUGGGUCUGAAGAACACAACAGAUCGUCCGGACUUUAUGUCCUACAUCCUCCAGCAUAAUACAAAAGAUGGUAGUAAAAACGGCAUGUCCCGCGCUGAAAUCGACGCGAACGCAGCUACCCUCGUCCUCGCGGGGAGUGAAACCACCGCUGCCUUGCUCUCAGGUUGUACAUAUUAUCUCUUGAAAACACCAGCUGCAUAUCGCCGACUAGUGGAUGAAAUACGCAGUGCCUUUCAAGAAGAAUCGGACAUCAAUCUAUCCUCAUUCGCAAACAUGCCCUAUCUCAACGCCGUCCUCGAAGAGAGUCUACGAAUCUACCCUCCUAUCCCGGCUAUGCUACCGCGUCUUGUCCCCGAGGGAGGAGCUGCUAUCAAUGGUGAAUACGUACCAGGUGGUACCUCCGUCUCCAUAUCACUCUGGUCUACCUUCCACUCUAGGACCAACUUCACAGAUCCAGACACAUUCAUCCCUGAACGAUGGCUCCAGGAACCCGAUUCAGACAUUGAAAGAUUUGUCAACGACAAGAAAGAAGCUUUCCAGCCGUUCUCGUACGGUCCCCGUAGUUGUCUUGGUCAGCAUUUGGCGAACGCUGAGAUGCGUCUCAUAUUAACCAAGAUUCUGUGGCAUUUUGACCUGGAACUUUCACCCAACUGCGAUAAUUGGAUAGAUCAGGAGACGUAUAAUCUCUGGAGUAGGCCUGCGCUGAUGGUGAAGCUGUCUCGGGCUCAGAAGGGAACUGCGACUUGA